AUGUUUCGGCCACAAGAUGCCACUCUGGAAGGUCACGACAGGGGUGCCAAGAAGAGUCUGCAGGAUGUGCAGGAUACUUUCCACCGCGCUGGUAAAGAAUUCACCUCCAAAUAUCAUGCAACAAAAUUGGUGGUGAAUGCGUGUUACGUCGACUUGGAGAUCCACGGCGAACCGGAGAAUUGGCGAAUGGCUGUUGUGUGGCACACUGUGCGAAAAGGGACCUUUGAGGACCACAAAGGAAUAUUUUCAGAGUAG